AUGAUGCACCGAGAAUCUUGCGCUUGUGGCACCAGCAGUUUAGAACUGUUUAAAGUGCCCCCGACCAACGUCACUUUAGAAGAUUCGAAAUGGAUGGAAUAUUACCCCAUUUCCAGUACCCUCAACUCGGAUACGGCUCCGAUUGAAUUUGAAAUCAAAGGACAAGGAGAUGAAUAUCUGGAUUUAUCCCAAACUUAUCUCCAGAUGGUCUGUAAAUUCACGAAAGCCAAUGGAACGAAUCUCACAGGAGGCCAUUCGACCUCCACCCCCGUGAAUAACAUUCUACAUUCCUUGUUCAGUGAAAUCGAUGUCAGUCUCAAUGGAAAAGUCAUUACCCCGGGGACGGAUACUUAUCCCUACAAAGCGUAUCUGGAGAAAUUGUUGUCUUAUGCACCCAAGACUCUGGAAACCCAGAUGAGAGCCUGUAGCUUGUGGGAAAAAGAUACGGCAGGACAUAUGGAUGAGGUCAAAUUAGAAGCUCUGGCUCAAACUCCUGUGGAAUUUGCAGUAGUGUCUAACAAAGUCAACAUCGCGGCCGUCAUCCCGACUCCCGAGUAUCCGGAUGAUUCCAAGAAUGUAGGGUUGAGAAAACGUCACGAGAAGAUUACAGACAGUAAGGAGAUCGUGUUGAUGGAUCGAUUACAUCUGGAUUUGUUUGAGCAAGAGAAAUGUCUCCCUAAUGGUUUGGAUGUCCGUCUCAGAUUCAAUCGCGCUCGACCCCAGUUCUACAUGAUGACCGAUGCCGGGAGUAGUGGGAAAGUGGUCAUUCAAAGUAUGAUCUUGUGGGUGAGGAAAGUCAAACCUGUGCCGAGUAUCAUUAAUCUCAUCAAUCAGCAACUGAGUACUCAAACGGCGAAAUAUCCAUUGAGACGAGUGGAAGUGAAAACCUUCACCAUUCCUAGUGGCACCCAAUCUAAAAUCACCGAUCAUCUGUUUCAAGGACAGAUGCCUAAACUGAUCGUGUUGGGCUUUGACUGGGCUCCGGACAUUACCCUGGAAGAGUAUAAAAACGGUUACACCCUCUGGUGUGUGGAUUUCACGAAAGAUCAAGAAGCCCAGACGGAUAAAUUUCAUCUCAUACAGACGGGGAACUUGAGAGUGGAAGUGCAAUUUGCCGCCAACGUAGCCAGGACCUUAAACUGUGUGGUGUAUGCCGUGUUCGACAAUCUGCUAGAAAUCAACAAACAACGAGAAGUCAGCAUCGAUUACUAA